AAAUUUCAAAAUUUCACUUGUACGGAUAAUUAGAAAGGAAACGCCAAAAUGGCUGCCUUGAGAGAAGUGUUAAGAAGUGUCAGUUCAAGACUAACUCUUAAAUCUCAGAUAUACAGACCCGUAUCCUCCAUGAUACCCUCCAAAGAAGGAAUGCCCUCCAAGUCAACGUAUGGUGGUAAGCACACAGUGACACUCAUUCCUGGGGAUGGAGUGGGUCCUGAACUUGCUGCAUCUGUAAAAGAAGUGUUUCGCCAUGCCAAUGUUCCAGUCCACUUUGAGGAAGUGACGAUAAGUGGAUUGAUCUCACAAGAUAAGGACGCAAUUAAUGAAGCAGUGACUUCUAUUAAAAGAAAUGGGCUGGGACUGAAAGGGGUAUUGAGGACUAGAGUUGAUAGUUUUGACAAUCAAUCACUUAAUCAGUUAUUAAGAAAGGAGCUUGAUUUGUUUGCUAAUGUAGUUUAUUGUAAAAGCGUCCCUGGUAUUAAGACAAGACAUGAUAAUGUUGAUAUUGUUAUAAUAAGAGAGAACACAGAGGGAGAAUACAGCGGAUUGGAGCACGAGAGUGUCCCAGGAGUAGUGGAGAGUCUUAAAGUUAUCACGAGAGAGAAAAGUUACAGAAUUGCUAAAUUUGCAUUUGAUUAUGCAGUGAGACGAAACCGUAAGAAAGUAACUGCAAUUCACAAAGCAAAUAUAAUGAAACUUUCUGAUGGACUUUUCUUGAAAGUUUGUGAAGAAGUUGCUUCAUUAUAUCCUAAAAUUGAGUUUAAAUCAAUGAUUGUUGAUAACUGCUGCAUGCAGAUGGUGUCCAAUCCUUAUCAGUUUGAUGUGAUGGUCAUGCCUAAUCUCUAUGGUAACAUUGUUAGUAACAUUGGGGCAGGGCUAGUAGGUGGGGCUGGAGUAUGUCCUGGCAGAAAUGUUGGAGUGAAUAACAUCAUCUUUGAACCAGGAGCCAGACACUCUGGACGUGAGAUAUCAGCACGGAACAUUGCUAACCCAACCGCCAUGUUGCUGAGUAGUGUGGGACUCUUGAGACACCUUGGUUUGCAUACUCAUGGUGAUUCCAUUGAACAUGCUGUCUACAAGACUAUCAGUGACAAAGUCCUCACUGCUGAUGUUGGUGGUAACAUUACUACAUCAGCUUUUGUUCAAACAGUUAUUGAAAACAUUCAAUAGACACAACAUGCAGCAAUCAUUCCUUCUAGUCUCUGGUGGUAUAUAAAGUCUAUGUGUGUGUCUCCAUUUUAAUCACUAUAGUAGUAAUAGCAGAUUCAUCAGUCAGUGACAUUAUUUAAAGUUGUGUAGAAUUUUUAGAAAAGAUAA